AAUAAAAAAUAAAAUAACGUCUACCACUUGGGUUGUGUGGAAACGCACCAUGGUAACAGCGCGCGACGGUGACCUCUUUUCUCGAGCUUGUUUUACAAAGAUAGCGGAUCACCAUUCAUUAUAUAAUUAUCUACAAUUAUUAUACGGAUAAUGAAGCGGGUUCAACAGGAAACUGGACAAAGAGUACUUUUCACAGGACCAGACGGCGUCGGAGAUUACCGUCCCAGGUUGGACUAUUUUCCCCGCAGCAUUGGAAUCGGUGCUUUAUCUCCAGAUGCCACGAGGGAUCUCGAAUACCUUUUCCGGGCUGCCCCACAGUCGACCCCGCCAUUACCGAAGCACUGCUACACCGGGGAGGUGGGCUGGGGUCUUCAGUACUCCAGUCAUCUUAACAGGACUGUUAUCCACAGCAAACAAAAUAAGUUUGACAAAUGUCACUCUGUGGCAGACGGAGUAACUCACAGCCAGUGGCACACUUCGCCCCAGUUUCGGGACAAGCAACUGCCCUGCACACAUGAUAGACAAAGCGAAGACAACAAUGCAGUUCCGGCUAAACAGGGUGAUAUACUGUAUAGACAAGAGCAAGAGAGACAGUCAUUGUACACAGAGAUAGUUCAAACAGACAGCGUUACUUUCCCCCAAAUAUAGUAUGGAUUGACUUGGGAAAUGCAGAGCAUGAAAUGAGACCAUGAAGUCAAAUAAUUUUCACUCUGGAUGCUUUGUGGUCAUUAAACAGCU